UGACGUAAAGAGCUAGAGAAGCGUACACUUCCAUUUUCUCGACCCUCUCGGCGAACAGAGAGCACGUGUUUGCUCGCCGGUCGUGUUCAAUUCAUUUUAUCGUAUAAAACUUUGCGUCAGAUUUGUAAUCUGCUUGAGCGUGGUGGCUAAGGAUCUCUGAAGCUUCUGAUCUCCGUAAAGACAGGUUAACAUGAAUCCUGAAAAGUUGAAGAAGCUUCAAGCUCAAGUACGAAUCGGCGGUAAGGGAACACCCCGACGCAAGAAGAAGGUUGUGCAUGCUACCAAUGCUACAGACGAUAAGAAAUUGCAAAGUUGUUUGAAAAAACUGUCUGUAAACACAGUUCCUGGUAUCGAGGAAGUUAAUAUGAUUAAAGAUGAUGGCACUGUCAUCCAUUUCAAUAAUCCAAAAGCUCAAGCUAGUUUGUCUGCUAACACAUUCGCUAUCACUGGACAUGGCGACAACAAACAGAUAACUGACAUGUUACCAGGUAUAAUCAGUCAGUUGGGACCUGAGGGUGUAACACAAUUGAAACGACUAGCAAGUACAGUGUCUGGGAGUACGGUUGGUAAAGCAACAUUGGAAGAAGAUGACGAGGUGCCUGAUUUGGUGGAGAAUUUCGACGAAGCCAGUAAAGAGGAGGUUGCUACAAAAAAGGAAGCCGAUGAAAGUGAUAAAGCGGCUGGUGAUAAAAAGGAAUCUGUUACGAAUGAUGAAAAGAAAGAAGCUCCCCUAGCUACACCUGAAGCUUAAAGCAUUCAGUGUAGAGAUGUUUCAUACAACUAACAGUUGUAAUUGACAAGUUGAGAAAUACAAGUUGCAAAAGCAAUGCGUAAACAAAGUAUCACCACUAUACAUACGUUAUAAAUAUUUGUCAUACCCUAUGAUAAUGCUAUAUGAGUAACAGUUAUCAAGAAAAUAAAAACAGCUGUUACAGAAAUCAAAAGUUUCUAUGAACGAU